AUGCACGUUUAUAGCUUCGAUCAAAACGGACAGGUCGAAAUCAAAGCUAAAUUCCAGAAUGCGUUCAUCAUGUGCAACGUUAUCCGUUUUGUUUGGCAGGGGUUGCACCAAGAGUUCCUCGGCGAGACUGAGGAACAGCAAAUCGAAAAUCUGAAGUUCAUGUGGGCACUCGCCGGCGCAGCGACGUUCUGCAGCCUCGACGAACAGUUCGAAGUCCAGGUGAAAGUGGAUAGUUUUGGAGGAAUGGGAUCCAAUCGCAAGUUCCUAUAUAUCCUCAGUGCGAUGAACAACCUUUCCGGGGACGAGCGAGUACAGUUUCACAACUUUUUGCGGUACGUGUUAGUGAUUGGACCAUCGCAGGCACCCUCGUAG